AUGCCAUCCACGCUCGCCCUCCGAGGCCUUGUCGUUUCCACACUUAUAUCCACGUUUUUGUACGCCGUGACAUGCUGUCAGGUGCUCGUAUAUUCGAGAGCUGGGUUCAAGGAUUCAAGAUAUAUGAAAUUGCUGGUGAGCUCUGCUACCAGGCUACUCGAGACCGUCCAUUCAAUCUUAUUCAUGAUCAUGUUAUACGAAAUAACUGUAACAUAUUACGGCGACUACACAUCUCUGGACCGGAGAAUUUGGACUCUCAAUGUCUCUUUGAUCAUACACGGCAUCAUCACGGGCCUUGUCCAGGGAUACUAUGCAUAUCGCGUCCUGGUCCUUGCGAAUUGGCGAGCAAUCAGCAUGAUCUCGUGGACUGGCUCGUGUCUGGAGUUCUGCGGCUCAUUGACAACAGCUGUUCUGCUGCAGAUCUACGGGCCUGCUAUCGUCAACGAGAGAUUUAGAUGGGUGCCGAUGACGACGCUGGCGCUCGACGUGUUCAUUGAUGUGGUGAAUACGAGUGCGCUAUGCUAUUAUCUGCAUACGUAUCGGACCGGGAUGAAGACAACCGACAAACUUAUCUCGAGGCUUAUAAUGUGGACAGUCGUAUUCUACUUGAUGCUCUCUGCUUUCUAUCCUAAAUUGUAUUCAAAUUCGCUUCUUGCAUCCCUGAACAGCCGAGGACCACUUAGGCCGAAUGGGUCUGCUGAGAAGUCGGUUAUUAUGGAUGAUGAGAGCCACGGACGCAUGCAACCUCCGGAAGGUUUGUAUAAUGCCAAGAACAUGACUCAUCCACGAGUGUAG